CAUCAACUGAUCAAACUCACCACUCACCAAUAUUGCCGUCUUCAUCGGAGAAUCUCAUUUUCCAAUUUUCCGAUGGAUCCAUGCCCAUUUGUUCGUUUAACAGUUGAAUACUUAUCACUCAAACUACCACUCACUACCAAACCCCUCGCCUCCGCUUCCGGAAUUCAUUCCUCCGCCACUCCGUGCUACUGCAAACUCCGUAUCAAAAACUUCCCGCCACAAACUGCUCUCAUCCCACUCUCCUCCCCCACUCAUUCCGACAGCUGCUCUCCGGAUUCCACCUCCUCCGCCAUCAAUUUCCACCUCGACCCCGCCGCCAUCCGCCGUCUCCAAGGAAAACCAGUGCUGUUAACCGUAUCGGUCUACACCGGUCGGAUGGGACACAGUUGCGGGUUAAACGGGGGAAAGUUGUUGGGUCGGGUCGCGGUUGUGAUCAACAUUGACGGGUCGGUUACUAAACCGCUUGUGUUUCAGAACGGUUGGAUGAAACUCGGGAAUGAAGGUGACAAGCCGGCGGCUAGUUUGCAUUUGAAGGUCCGAACGGAACCGGAUCCUCGGUUUUUGUUUCAAUUCGGUGGUGAACCGGAGUGUAGUCCGGUGGUUUUUCAAAUCCAAGGGAACAUCCGUCAACCAAUUUUUAGUUGCAAGUUUAGCGCCGACCGGAACUCAAGAUCGCGUUCACUUCCAUCAGAUUUCGCCAUGACCAAUAUCAACAGAGGAUGGAUGACGACAUUUUCCAAUGGAAAGGAAAAACAUGGGAGGGAGCGGAAAGGGUGGAUGAUUGUGGUCCAUGACCUUUCUGGCUCGUCUAUCGCUGCCGCAUCCAUGAUCACUCCCUUUGUCCCUUCUCAAGGAUCCGACCGUGUUUCACGGUCAAACCCAGGUGCUUGGCUUAUCCUUCGGCCCCAUGGUGCCUCGAUCAGUAACUGGAAGCCAUGGGGUCGACUUGAAGCCUGGCGUGAAAGGGGACCUGUUGACGGGUUAGGUUAUAAAUUCGAACUUGUCACUAACUCUGGUAUGACAAGUGGGAUUCCCAUUUCUGAAGGGACAAUGAACAUUAAAAAAGGUGGGAAAUUUUGUAUUGAUGAAACGUUAAACGAUUCGAGAGCAAGUCCAUUGUCAAACAUCAAAGGAUUCGUAAUGAGUUCGAGCAUUGAAGGUGAAGGGAAAGUGAGUAAGCCAAUGGUGCAAGUGGGGGUGCAACAUGUGACAUGUAUGGCUGAUGCUGCUCUUUUUAUCGCACUUUCAGCUGCAAUCGACCUCAGUAUGGAUGCUUGUAAACUCUUUUCUCGUAAACUAAGGAAAGAGUUUUUGCAGGACGAACAAGAUUUUCUUUCGUAAAUUGUUUUUUUAAAGCAAACGAUUUUAUUUUUCUUUACCUCAAAAUUUAAUCAUAUGCAAUGAUAACCAAU